UUAAAUGCCCCUCCGCCGUUUCUUGCACAGCAUUAAGAAACACUUCCUAGUAAUAAACACCUCUCAGAUACCUUGUCUUGUUCAAUUAAAUCCGGAAGAUCCAAACAUGGCUUAUUUCCAAGAGUUCAUAAUACUUUUUCUCAUAUGGCUAGCAUCCGUGGUUAUCCGUGGUUGCGUUAGGGCAAUACUAAAAAAAUUUCGAGCCACAAGCCAUCUUCCACCGAGCCCACCAGCUCUACCAGUCAUUGGACAUCUCCAUCUCCUUGCUCCAAUGCCUCAUCAAGCUCUUUACAAGCUUUCAACUCGCUAUGGACCUUUAAUUCACCUAUUCCUUGGUUCUGUCCCUUGCGUUGUUGCUUCUUCCCCAGAGAUGGCGAAAGAAUUCCUUAAAACCCACGAAAAUUGUUUCUUGGAUCGUCCAAAAAUGGCUGCUGUAGAUUACCUCACAUGUGGCUCUGCUGAUUUCGCCUUUAUUCCUUGUGGACCUUACUGGAAGUUCAUGAAGAAAAUUUGCAUGACAGAACUUCUCGGAGGUCGAAUGUUAGACCCUCUUCCCGGCAGGCGUGAAGAGAUAGGACAGUUUUUGCACACCAUACUAAAGACAAAUGCAGGUGAAUCUUUUGAUGUUGGACGACAGCUUCUAAGGCCAACCAAUAAUGUAAUAUCAAGAAUGACUAUGAGCGAAAGGUGUUCAGAUAAUGAAGACGAAGAGGUCAGGGAGUUGGUGCGGGAUGUUUUUGAUGUUGUAGGAAAAUUCAAUUUGUCAGACUAUAUUUGGCUUUGUAAGAACAUGGAUUUGCAGGGAUUUAGAAGAAGGGUUGAGAAAGUUCGUGAAAAGUUUGACAAAAUGAUGCAGAGGAUCAUAGCAGAACAUGAAGAGGCAAGGAAGAUAAACAAGGAAACGGGUGAAGGAGAUUCAGUGAAAGAUUCACUUGAUAUUUUACUUAACAUAUCAGAAGAUGAGAACUCAGAAAUGAAAUUGACUAAAGAAAACAUCAAGGCAUUUAUCCUGGAUAUAUUUCUAGCUGGGACUGACACAUCUGCAAUUACGAGAGAAUGGACACUAGCAGAGGUAAUAAAUCACCCAGAUAUUAUGAAGAAAGCAAAGGAAGAAAUAGAUUUUGUAGUAGGAAAGAGCAGACUAGCGGAAGAAUCAGAGAUAACCAACCUCCCCUACCUUCAAUCUAUAGUGUGUUAA